AUGAAUUAAUAACAGAUUUUAGAUAACAAUAAUAAAUAAUCUAUAAAUUUGAACUUGAUUGAUGAUACAAAUUAAUAAAAAGAUUUUUGUUAUGCAUUAGCAUUUAAUAAAGAUAAUUCAAUUUUAAUUACAAACUCAGAAAAUAUAAUUUUAAUAUGGAAUUUCAAAUAUGGUAAAAUGGAAUUAAUUUAAAGUGUUGCUGGACAUUCAGAAGAUGUUAAUUGUUUAGUUUUUAGUAAAUUGACAAAUAAUUUUAUUUCUGGAUCAAAUGAUAAUUCUAUAAGAUGUUGGAAAUAAAUUAAUUAUAAAGAAUGGGUAAAUUCAUAAGCAUUUGAAUGUAAUAGUUAUGUUUAUACUAUAAAACUAAAUUAUAAUGAAAAUUAACUUAUUUCAGGUAGUUUUCAUGGAUAAAUAAAUAUUUGGAAUCUUGAUUUUGAUAAUGAUGAAAAUCAAUUGAAACUUAUUUAAUCUUUAGAUAAACACAAUAGUACAGUUUAUGAUAUAAGUUUAAAUAAAUCUGAAAAUUAAUUUACAUCAUGUUCGAAAGAUAAUUCAAUAAUAGUUUGGAGAUUAGGAUUAAAUAAUUAUUGGGAAUUUUAAUAUAUUGUUAAGUAAUCAAUCAUUGAUUUUGGAUGUAAAGUUCAUUUUAUUAAUGAUGAUUAAUUUAUUUGGGUUAGUGGAGGUUAAUAAAGCUAAGAUUGUAUCUUCACUUUUGGAUAAAAAGAAGGAGUUUUUGAAGAAAUUAUAAAUGCAAAAUUAUAUUUAAUAAAAGAUGUAUCUAAUAUUGACGUAUUUUCAUUUCCUAUUAUUUAUUAAGAAUAACAAAAUAUUAUGAUUGUUAGGCAUAAAACCUAUAUUUAUAUUAUUUAAAAGCAAUUUAAUGGAUAAUUUAAGAUUUCUUAUUAAUUAAAUUGUUAAACAAAUGUUAUAUUUGGAACAUUAACAAAUGAUGCAAAGUAUUUAGUAAUCAAAAGUAAUUAAAACAAUAAAUAUAUGAUUUAUGAAUUAAAAUUAAAUUGA